UGUUGAUAUCCUCAGCAAGUACAAUGACAAAACAUUUUGCCAUGGAUCAUGUGCUGAGCAUAGCCGACCAUUACGUCUUCACGCCGUACGUUUAUCCGGCCUCGUGGCCCGAGGAUGAAGCUCUGCGUCAGAUCAUCAGCCUGUGGGUGUUGACCACCCUGGGAGCAGAGCUGAUUUACCUGGGCUUUGGUGCUCUGAGCUUCUAUUGUGUGUUCGAUCAUACGCUGAUGAAACAUCCACAGUUUCUUAAGAACCAGGUCAGACAAGAAAUCCAAUUAGGAGUUGCCGCCAUCUUCUGGAUGAGCUUCCCCACAGUAGCCCUUUUCUUCUGCGAGGUCAGGGGAUUCAGCAAACUUUACGACAACUUCAGUGAAUCCUCGCUGGGCUGGCCUGGAGUCUUCCUGAGCGUUGCUGGAUUCUUGUUCUUCACUGAUAUGUGCAUCUACUGGAUUCACCGGUGCAUGCACCAUAGGAGCAUUUACAAGCAAUUACAUAAGCAGCACCACGUAUUCAAGAUCCCUACGCCAUUUGCCAGCCAUGCCUUCCACCCAAUAGAUGGCUUCCUGCAGAGCUUACCCUACCACGUCUACCCUUUCAUCUUCCCACUCCACAAGGUCGUCUACCUCUCACUCUUUGUUUUUGUCAACAUUUGGACAAUUUCCAUACAUGACGGAGACUACCGUAUCCCGGGCUGCCUGAUAAGUGUAAUUAACGGUGCUCCUCACCAUGUAGACCAUCACCUCUACUUCUACUACAACUAUGGACAAUACUUCACACUCUGGGAUCGCCUAGGGGGCUCAUACCGACACCCCUCAGCCCUUGUCGGGAAGGGGCCACAUGACCAUGUCCGGAAGCUCAUGGCCAAGUCUGCAAAGACAGAGUGA